UCCAGAUAGCAGUCUGACUUGCGAGUCUAAAAAAAUCUUUGCGAACGAAGGGAGACCGCUCCCACGAAAGGAACUGGAAUACACAACUAGGAAGGGAAGGUCGGUUCGCACUCCGAGCUCUCCUAGAGCUGAGCGGCAACUCGCAGACCCGAAGUUUGGUUUCCUCGUGAUGGGGACGCGCUAAAGCUGCCGGCGUGGGGAACUUUCCGCGGCUGCUCUCUCCUGCGGGCGCGGCUGCCCAAGAGGAAGAAUCAUCGCAUUUCUGGCACGUGUCGGGACUACUGCGGGCCUGCAUCCUUUUUUGGGAUAGUAUAAUCUCCUCUGCCCAUCCUUGCGCAGUUGUGUGCGGGUCUAGAGCGGGUGCGUUGCCCGGGAAAGGAUACAUCUGGCUGACUUGUGGCACGUAAUGGAGGGGAAAUGAGAGCGCAUUUCUAACUGGAAGAACACGGGCACACACCGCACCAACAGAAUGCGGGAGCGGGACCUCCAGACUUCGUGCACGUGGGCCCUACUGCUGACCCUCUGCCUGCUGUCGCUAUGGGGACGACUCACACUGGCUUCCUCACACAGGACACACAUCGUGCAUGUGAAAGCGGGGACAUGUGAGGUGAUUGCCGCCCACCGCUGCUGUAACAAGAACAAGAUCGAGGAGCGAUCGCAGACCGUCAAGUGCUCCUGUUUCCCUGGGCAGGUUGCCGGGACGACGAGAGCCGCGCCCUCAUGCGUGGACGCGUCCAUCGUGGCCCAGAAGUGGUGGUGUCAGAUGCAGCCAUGUGUGGACGGUGAGGAGUGUAAGGUCUUGCCCGAUCUCACCGGCUGGAGCUGCAGCACCGGCAACAAGGUCAAAACCACCAAGGUGACCCGAUAGUCCACUGGCAGCCCCGACCCCACGCCCCCACGCCACGCCUCCCAGAGCAUUCACCAGGAACACUGGAACCAGACCAUACCUGAGCAACCGGACCACUGGGCUACACCUGGACUACAGGACUACACCUGGACAACAGGACUACAUCUGGACUACAGGACUACACCUGGACAACAGGACUACACCUGGACAACAGGACUACACCUGGUCAACAGGACCUAAACAAGCGACAGGACUAGGAGGGCAAACCCGUUCCUGUGCUACACGAGGGCUCGUGGGUUGCAUGUGGCCAGCAGGGCUGACCAUGAUAUCAAGGGAAACAUAACAGAGAGGAUUACGGCUAGUCCAGAGGUCUGAAAUCUACCUGGACACUGUAGAUUUGACCUGCCUGGGCUUUGCAUUAUAACACUGGAACUUGAAGGGUCAGCUGAUGCGAUGAGGCUAGGCAGCAGGACCACCCCUGGUGUGGGGGUCAGAUCCUGGAGCUCAGGACUGGACUCAGACCCUGGAGACUCCCUGGAGGACUUAGAGCCCUGAACCAGAACCCAAUUUAGCCACUCGGAGCCCCACCGGCUGCUGGCUCUAUCUCUCUGUCCACCUCUGAGACCGGCUAUCUCUGGAUCAGAGUCAGUCGGACGGACUGCAGAGUGCGGUCCAGAAGCAGCUGGGUAUUGGUGGGUGGCUACGUAUCUUAGGAGAUGGAGACAGGGAUGAGAGAUGUUAGUAGCCUGUGGCCACACACACACACACACACACACACACACACACACACACACACACACACAUGACCAAACACACAAAUAGGGAAAAAUGGACGACCUAUACUCUCAUUCAUUCAUACUCAGUCUCUCCAGAGGCAUUUUUUUUUAUUUAUAUUUUGCUUUUUGACCCUCAUGAGACUCCGUCUCUGGUGUUGCUCAUGUUCUAGAUACGUUUUCACCCUUUUUGAUGCUUCCUGUGACCCUGUGAACUUUCAACUUUCACCCUCUGACCACAGGAGGGCCUUGACCUCUUGAAUCUUGACCAUGCCAGAUACUGACACUGAAUCUUGGAGUGCUCAACCCAGACACACACAUACACACAACACACACAGAGACAAACACACACACACACACACACAACCCCGUGUAGAAUAUCUGCAACUGUUUCCUUUCUUUUUUUCUUGCCUUUUUUUCUAAAGACUGAGCUCGACUCGACAUCAGCAGCGUGAGACGGGCUGACUAGAUGUCAUGGUACAUAAAUAAUCAUGUAAAAAGAGAAAAGGAAGCUUCGUAUAGCAAAUCAGAUAAAAGAGAUCUCUGACGGUUUUACUAUCUGUGUUUUUAAAGGCCUGGUCCCAACUAUUGAG